AUCAAUCAGGGCAAUUUAGAGUCACCUUAGGGGAGUAGUUACGUCGUUACCGCUCGUCCGCUCCCACUAUAUCGUCGGGUUGGCGUUCUUCUGAGGCGACAACCCACCAGCACAGACUUUUCGCUUGUGGCGAUUGUAAAUCUGAUGGUAUGGAAUUUUGUCAAACUUCAGCAAUUCCUCACAGCCUUGGCACUGCACAUUACCUUUUUGGAUGUCAAAUCUGCUCUUUUGGUAUACGCCCAUGAAGACAGAGAUCCAUCCACUAUUAACAUUCAAGCUAAUGUUGUGAUAAAAUCAACGUCUGACUUCUGAGGUGUAUGUCGAUACUCUCCAAAAUCUACCCAAAGCUAGAUUCAUGGACUUGUUUGACAGCAAAUACAUUCCUUCUGUAAUUAUUGGUGUUGGAUUGAUGGUGUUCCAACAAGCAAUUGGGAUCAAUGACAUUGGUUUCUACUCUAGCGAAACCUUUUCGGCAGCUGGACUUACCAAUGGACACAUUGGGACUAUUGCCUAUGCUAUUGUGCAGGUACCUAUUACUGUCAUUGGGGCAAUGUUGAUGGAUAGAUCCGGAAGACGACCACUUAUGGUGUCCUCAAUAGGAACUUUCAUUGGCUGCUUUCUAACAGUAGCUUCUCUCUAUCUAAAGUAUGUUCCUUGAUUAUGUUCCAGUACUAGCUAUAUCUGGUGUACUCUUUUUCAAUUGGAAUGGGAGCGGUUCUCUGGGUUCUAAUGUCAGAGAUAUUCUCUAUUCAUGUAAAGGGUGCUGCUGGAAGUUUGGUUCUUCUGGUGAACUGGUUAGGUGCAUGGGCAAUCUCUUACACCUUCAACUCUAUGAUGGAAUGGAGUCCCACUAGCACUUUCAUGUUUUACUCCGUGGAUUGCUUGCUUACAGUGCUGUUUGUGGCAAAAGUUGUGCCAGAAACCAAGGGAAAAACACCUGGAGGAAAUCCAGGCAACCAUCAGCUUCUGGCGUACAAGCUAACCCAUAAAUGAAGAGAACUAUUAUUAAACAGCACUUCUACAGCACUUGAGGCUAGCCGGUACCAUGAUCACGAGAUGGAUUCAAAGAUUUGAAGAGCCAAAAGCAGUUCGCUCCGAACACGAAAGUGUUACAAAAGAUGUUUGUAUCAGGUAGCUAGAACAGUAGAUCUAUACCAAUAUUCUGCUAUUAUACGGUUUGGAGUAUAAUCAGCUUUGUAGCCAAUUAGCAGUAUGGUUUAAUUUUUAAAUAAUUAUUUGGUUCAAAAGAAAUCAACUAUCAUCAUUUACCAUGUCUAAUUCAAAAAUGCCUAAAUCAUUCGACUUUGUAAAAGUUGUAUACUUCAUUUAACAUACAUCUUUCUUUUUUCUUCCUUUUUAAGGC